AUGCCGGAUGGACAUCAGUUCACCUGGGAGGAAUUCAAGGAAGAAUUUGAGAGGAAGUAUUACCGCCGACAGAAUCAAGAACGUCGCCUCUCUGAGUUCUUGAACAUGCAACAAGGGAACAUGACUGUGAGGGAGUAUGAAGCUGAAUUCCUGGAGAAGGCAGAGGAAGCGAAGAAGGAGGAGAGAGCCAGUAGGGCCCACGACCGGAGUCCUCCCAGACGCCACCCCUAUACGCGUCCGUCAGGGAAGACCGGUCAGACUGGCCAGAGUAGCCGAGCACAAGACAAGGGUAAGGCGCCAGUCACCCAGGCACUACCUCCGCCACCUCGUCGAGGACCACCUGUUUGCUAUCGGUGCCAACAGCCAGGACACUAUGCGGCAUAUUGUACGGUGAGAACCGCAGAGCUGCAAGCACAAGUGGCUAGACCACCACCUCCACUGGAGACCUGCGGCUGGGGCUGGAGUGGCCCCGAGGGUUUACGCUCUAGAAGCGGAGCAGGAGAUUCAAGAGGAGGAGGUUCAUAUAGAUGGAGUCGAGGCAGAUGCGAUCGCAUUUUUGUGAGCGCGGACAUAGUGGAGAGAAUCGGUACAGGAAAGGUCGAUCCAAUGAGUAACUUUACAGUGCGUACACCGGCAGGGGAAACCCUUACGGUUCAAGGGGCUUUGUGUGGCGUAUCUCUUGACAUAUGCAGCCGAAAAAUGACAGCAGACCUUAUUGUGGUACCCAUAGGAGUCUAUGACCUCAUACUGGGCAUGGACUGGUUGACGAAAUACCAGGCUUAUAUCGACUGCCCCCAGAGGACGACCUGGUUUCAAGAAGAUUCCGAAGGAUUUGAGUUUAGAGGGAGGGGAGCACCAUCGACGGACCCGAUUAUCUCGGCGCUGAAAGCUGAAAAGAUGAUUAGGAAGGGCAGCGAUGCGUUCCUAGUGGUUAUCACAGUUACUAAGGAACCGGAGAGGAGAUUGGAAGAUACACCCAUUGCUCGGGAAUUUCCAGAUGUAUUUUCGGAUGAUUUACCGGGAAUAUUGCCGAGGAGGGAAGUGGAUUUCAGCAUUGAUGUGCUACCGAGCACAGACAGAAAUGGCUGA